AUGCGCAGAGGCUCUGAAUUUUUGGGAUUUAACCUCACAUCAUAUCAUCGCCCACUCAAAGACAUGAUCGUAGUCCCAAUCCCCUCAGACGCUCUACGCGUUCCUCCCCUCCCAGAUACCCAAGCUCUGACCACCAAGACUUUCAAGAAACCACCUCUCGAUGGCAGCUUGUCGAUCCCGGAAGUAUACGACUGGCACUACGUCAACAGUCCUGAACAUCCUCUUUUCGUCUACUCGGAUUCUCAAGCAGAGGUGAAGUCGAUUCUGUGGCCCGAAGCCGUGCGUGGCGUCCACACAGCUGCGAGAAUCGUUCAGGCCCGUGUUUCGACGGCGAAGCAGGAGGGUGAACCUCGUAUCGUUGGAAUUCUUGCUGCCUCUGACACGAUCUCGUCGUUCACCCUCAUCAUUGGUGUCAUGCGCGCAGGAUUCGUGCCCUUCCUCAUCUCCCCACGUAACUCUGCGGUCGCUGUAGCGCAUCUCUUAGCCGACACAGGAACAUGUCAUAUCCUCUUCGGUCACGAUCAACCGAUACAAGACCUCGCCUCCGAAGCCUUAAACAUUCUUAGAAAUGACUCCAAGUACAAGACUCUGCACGCGCUACCAGACGUCUCUUUAGUUCCAUUAUUCGAUGACAUAUACCGUCCUGUAGAUGAACCUUUCGAGCUUUUACCGCCGUCAAAGCCUGAUCCGCGGUCCCUUGCUGUGAUUGUUCAUUCCUCUGGAUCAACCGCGUUUCCGAAACCAAUUCCCUGGACACAUCUGGGCUUCCUUAUGUAUGGCGUUGUUCCUUACUUCGGUGAUCGCGAUAUGACUGGAGUCAAACUAUCCUGUCAUGCAAUCCCAAUGUUCCACGUCAUGGGCGUCAUGCAGACUGGUUGGACGGCGACCGUUGGACUCACGAUUACUGCCGCAAAGCCGCGUUCACCUACUGUACCUCUCACCUCUGAUAAUGUCAUCGAGGGCGCCCUCCACACGAAAGCCGAUUUCAUAUUUUGCCCACCGUUUUUUGCUGAGACGUGGUCCAAAGAUCCCGCACGAAUCCAACAACUGAAAGCGCAGGUGCAAGGCAUCGUGUACAGUGGAGGCCCUUUGAACAAGGAAGCUGGUGAUACGUUGAUGCGAGAGGGUAUCCAUGUAUUCGUCGUAUAUGGGAGCUCAGAAGUAGGCAUCAUCAGCCGUGCUCCCUGCAUCGAUUGGGAAUACUUCAAGAUCACAGAACAACUGAGACCGAUCUUUCAGGCGAACGAGUCUGGGCAGUCCGAGCUUGUGGUUGUGCCAAGUCCCUACGAACGACCAUACGUAAUCAACGGAAAGAUCGACGGGCAGGACGCAUACUUCACCAAUGAUCUGCUAGAGCCACAUCCCACGUUGCCGGAGUAUUGGAAGGUCUACGGACGAUCCGACGACCAGAUUAUGCAUAACACUGGCGAGAAGACAAACCCAGGACCACUCGAAAGUAUAAUGAAUCAAGAUCCUCAUGUACGGUCGUCCGUCAUGUUUGGCCGCGGUCGCUUCAAUACAGGAAUGAUCAUAGAUGUAGCAGAACCCUACGUCUUCGACCCUGACGACAACGAGGCCUUGUCGAAGUUCCGGAAUGCCAUCUGGCCCACAGUGGAACGCUUGAACAAGUAUGCACCGCAGCAUUCGAGGUUGUUCAAAGAGAUGAUCCUCGUCGCCCACCCUGCGAAGCCUUUCCAGUACACACCAAAGGACGCUCCUCGACGUCAAGUCGUCCUCAACCUCUACGAGCCCGAAAUCUCGGCGCUAUAUCAGGCCGUCGAAGAGUCUACACAGAUAGACAUUUCACCUCCAGAGAAUUGGAGCUACGAUACGGCAGUCCACUUUGUGCGAAGUUGUGUGAGGAAGGUAUUGGAUAAUGGCGAAUUGGAAGACGACGAAGAUUUGUUCCAGGCUGGUGCUGAUAGUCUUCAAGCAACAUGGAUCCGGAAUACGCUCCUUCGCGGUAUGAGGGACUCCGCGAAAAUUGACACGAAUGCUGUACCACACAACAUCGUGUUCGAGAAACCAUCAAUCUCUUCUCUCGCCCUCUUUACUUCACGCUUUGUCUCUCAGUCGCUUUCAGGUGCAAGCGCAUUCCCUUCUGCUUUCUCCACCACCGAGGAAGAGAAGGUCCAGAGCAUGCUUGAUCUGAUCGCCAAGUACACUCAAUCGUUCCCAACGCGUCACCCAACCCGGAGCCGCGUCAUCCCUCGUACCAGCGUCGUCCUUCUCACCGGAACGACAGGUGGCCUGGGUACACGACUUCUGGAAGAUCUGGUCGCAUGCUCUAACGUCUCAAAGAUAUGGGCGGUCAAUCGCAAGCAGCGCACUGGAUCGUUGUGGGAGAGACAGAGAGCGAGUUUAGCGAAACAGGGGCUGGAUGUGAGCAUAAUGGAGUCGGAUAAGGUUGUGCUCGUUGAAGCCGAUGUCAGCGAGGAGAGUGCCGGACUGGGAGAAGCGGCGUUGGAUGAGAUACGUUCAACCGUAACGCACAUAAUUCACAACGCCUGGCGUGUAGAUUUCAAUCUCAGUCUUUCCUCCUUCGAAAGCAAUAUUAGAGGCUUGAGGCAGCUUAUAGACCUCGCGCUAUCGUCCAAGCUUCCCGCACCUCCUCGUAUACUCUAUGCGAGCAGUAUAUCGGUCGUUGGCUCAAACGUCUCCGAAGGGUCCGUUGCCGAAAUUCCACUUGAUGCCUCGGUCGCAACUACGAAUGGCUACAGUCAAUCCAAAUGGGUCUCAGAGACCAUACUGCUCAAAACCAGAGAAGUGACGCCACUUCGUCCUGUCAUCGUGCGCAUUGGGCAAAUCAGUGGAGGUAGACCAAAUGGGUAUUGGAACGAGACGGACUGGGUCCCUUCGAUGAUGAUAUCAUGGGUGCCCCUCGACCUCGCCUCUCGUGUCAUUAUCGACCUCCGCGACUCUACUUCAUCCAUCGUACACCUUGUCCAUCCGAAACCCGUGCCAUGGACAGACUUUGCGGAAACGAUCUUGUCAGAACUCCACGUCCCACUCGUUCCUUAUUCCGAAUGGCUGAGGCGUCUCGAGGAGAGGGCGUUGAGCCCCGAUAACGACAGUGGUGCAGAAGAAUCACUUCCGGCAGCGAAGAUUCUUUCUUUCUUUCGUCAGGACGCAUCCGGGAUGGAAGAGUCUCAGGAUGGUAAAGAGGCUAUGGGUCUUGCGACCUUGGACAUCUCCCGUGCCAUGAGUGAAUCGGUGACAAUGCGGGAUGAUGGAGAGAUGAGGAAGAUAGGAGUAGAAGAAGUUAAGUUAUGGUUGGAGAACUGGAGCAGUCGGGGAUAUUUAGAGCUAUGA